CCCAGGUUCAGUGAUCACCCACUAUGCCCGGGCUGCGGAUGCUGCUGCAGCUGCCCCCUGCCCACCUGGCUGCUCCCCUGGGUGCCCUGCUCCUGGGCUGGGGGGCUGGCUUUCUGCUGCGGCGCUGGAUUUCCCGACGCAGGCUGGCCCAGAGGGUGGCACUGGCCCAGGAGGAGAGGGCACGGCUGGUGGCCCAGGCAGAGGCUGCCCUGGUGCACUUCAGGGCUCAGCACCCUGAGGUCCAGGCUGAGUCCAUCCGCACCCUACCCCUGUCAGAAUUGAGGGAGCAGCUGCAGAAGGACACCCUGAGCUCGGAGCAUGUCCUCUAUACCUACCUGGGCAAGGCCUUGGAGGUGCACCGUGCCCUAAACUGCCUCACGUCCACCCUGCCCUGGGAGGAACCACUGUGGGAGCUGCAGCAGCAGGAGCGCAAGGGCUUCCUGCACGGUGUCCCCAUCAGCCUCAAGGACAACUAUGGCUGCAAGGGCCUGAGUGCCAGCUGUGGGCUGGUGAAGUGGCUGGGGGUGCCCACCCAAGAAGACUGUGUGCUGGUCAGGGUGCUGAGGAGCCAGGGCGCCCUGCCCUUUGUGAAGACCAGUGUAUCGCAGGCCAUGCUGAGCUACUACAGCUACAACCCCAUCUACGGGAAGACCCUCCACCCCCACAACCCUGACAGGCUCGUAGGGGGCUCCUCCAGCGGCGAGGCUGCCCUCAUUGCAGCAGGGGGCUCCCCAGUGGGACUGGGCUCUGACCUGGGGGGCAGCAUCCGUAUCCCUGCCGCCUUCUGCGGUAUCUGCGGCCUCAAGCCCACUGCCUCCCGGUUGAGCUCUUGGGGAGUGGUGAAAACCCUGAACAGCCUGACCACAGGUAGGCCUCCACGGACCUUCUGUCCCCACACUGCCCCUGCUGGGUGUGCUCCUGUUCCUCUCCUGGGGCCAGGGCUGGGGCCAACAGCCAGCAUGUGGGCUGUCCUUUCAACCAGCUUAGGGAGGCUGUACGUGCCGGGCUCAGGGACAGACCCAGGGAUAGCCAGGGCAGCUCUAGACCUUGCCCCCACAUGGGUGGCCUUGGCUCUGCUGCCCUGCCCCCCAGUGUCGUCAGCCGUGGGGCCAAUGGCCAGGGAUGUGGACAGCCUGGCCCUGCUCCUACAUGCCUUGCUGUGUGACGAGAUGUUCCGGCUAGACCCCCUGGUACCGCCACUGCCCUUCAACCAGGAGGUCUACUCUAGCCGCCGGCCCCUGCGUGUCGGCUACUACGAGAGUGACGGCUACAGCCAGCCCACGCCCAGUAUGCGGAGGGCUGUGCAACACGCCUAUCACCUGCUCCAGGGGGCUGGCCACCAGCUUGUCCCCUUCUCUGUGCCCAGGAUCGACCUAGUCGUGUCCCAGUUCUUCUGGGGGGGGCUGAUGGCUGACGGCCAGGAGAAUAUAUACUCAUGCCUGAAGGAUGAGCCGGUGGAACGCACUCUGCAGAGCUUGUUCAGGCUGAGCUGCUACCCCCGCUUCUUCAAGAGGAUCCUGUCCCUUAUUUGGAGGCCCCUGUGCCCACAGGUGGCCCAGAACUUCAGGCUGGCCUGUGGUGUCAGGUCUGUGAAGGAGCUUUGGAGGCAGCAGGAGGCCCUGAAGGAGUACCAACAUGAAUUCAUGGAGCAGUGGCAGGCCCUGCAGCUGGAUGUCCUCAUCUGCCCCUGCCCCUGCCCCGCACCCAGCUCAGUCUUCGUUGGCCACGUCAGCCUGUGGUCCUACACCAUCCUGUACAACGUGAUCAACUUCCCUGCGGGCACUGUCCCUGUGGGCAGGGUGACAGAGCAGGAUGAGGAGGAGCUGAAGGACUACAAGGGCUACCACCAGGACCUGCUGGGCAAGAAUGUCCCUGAGGCGAGUGAGGCCGGGCAGGGCCAUGGGCCUGGAGGGGGACAGGCCAGGCAGAAGGGAAGGCUGCCUCCUGUUGGGGCUGGAUGCAGCAGGGCCACCCAGUGCUGAGCACCCCCUCAAACCCCGUAGAUGUUCAUGGGCGGCGUGGGACUGCCAGUGGCUGUUCAGUGUGUGGCCCUGCCGUGGCAGGAAGAGCUGUGUCUGAGGGUCAUGAAGGAGCUGGAGACGCUGGCCCAGCUCUCAGCAUAGGUGUGCCCAGGCUUAGCGGACAAACACAUGGAGGCCAGUGAUGGCAUUGGACUCCCAGAAGACAGCAGUGUGGGUGCAGAAUCGAUCAGACGCCGUCCUCAGUUCUGUGGUUGAAAUAAACUUCAUGGGAGGCA